UAUCUGCAAAUAUUUAUGCUGGAAGCUUGCGUCGUAUUCACGCAUGCUGCAAGCUUGGAGUACUUGCGGUCAACAUUGACGGACUACUUUUCUGACACGCGCCAUCACAUGACUAACCCAAAAUACAAGCAACGGGCAUCCACGUUUAUACACGACGAAUUCAGGAGAUUCGGACUGGAAACAACUUACCACAACUUUGUGUGGGAAGGGGAUGAUUUUGCAAACGUAAUUGGAAUUUUAAAAGGUGACAACUUUGGUACAUAUGAUGACCAGAUUAUUGGAGUCGGUGCACACUACGAUACAGUCAACAUCACUAAAGGCGUUGACGACAACGGAUCUGGAUGUGCAGCCCUCCUGGAGGUGGCUCGCCAGAUGACGUCAGUGGGAUCAAAGCGGAAACACACCGUCAUAUUCGCAGCGUUUGACCACGAGGAGUAUGAGUUCUCCAAAUACACUCCUGAAGAAGAUUUUGGUUUACUGGGUAGUAAAUAUCUAAUAUCACAAUGGCUGUUGCCAUGGAUUCAGAAGAACUACCCACAAACCGUGGGCGCAUUCAAUCCUUCUGGAAUCAUCGUUCUUGACACGGCGAUGGACUAUAACAAUAGCGCGUCGUCCCAGAUCAUACCACCUGCUGAUCUUGACAAGUUUAAGAAACUUUUUCCCGAUGUUGUUAAAAGUCUCCAGUCCGACAACUUUGAGGGGGACUUUCUCGCGACAGUAUUUCAGUCGGUCCGCGACGGUCGCCUUGCCAACGAAUUUCAUCAGCAAUGGAACAAAAUGGGGCGAGCAGAAUACGAAAUAGAAAUGUUCGGUUUGGCUCUAGACCUACCGCCGAAUGCACUUACCGAUUUAUUCCGCAGUGACCACGUUAACUUCUGGUUAAACAACAUUCCAGCCAUAUUUGUUUCUGACUCAGCGGACCUCCGCGGAAAAAUGCAGAAAUGCUACCACAACGCCUGUGACAGUCUGGGAAUGAUGUUGAACGAUGAUAACUUGAACUUCCUCGCCAAGACCUCGGACACCAUCGCGGCUACCGUGGAUAAACUCUCGCAGAAUUACGCAGUUUCAGGUGCACAAUCUGUAUUGCCAGUUGGACAUUCACUUUUCACGAUACUGAUCGCCCUGGUGCUAGCUUUGGCUAAACAGAUUUAUUUAAACAUGGGUACCAUGUUAGAAAUAUAUUAAACCAAUAUAUAUAUAUAUAUAUAUAUAUAUAUAUAUAUAUAUAUAUAUAUAUAUAUAUUAUAUAUCAUGAACAUUUGUUUCGCAUGAACGCAUGCAUACAUGUAUAUCUGGUGGUGUGGAUAUAUUAAUCAUUUAUAAUUGCAGGUGUUGUAUUCAUUGGGCGUUGUAAAUUUAUUAGAGCGUUUCUCUGCAUUUAUGAAUAUCCACGGUAUAAAUGACACAAUGCAUCAUUCUUUUUUAUAAAAAGCACAUUUUAACACUUUGAUUGUUUCCUUUAAAUAACUGCAUAAUUAUAUAGAGUUGCAAACGGGCCAUAUCUCCGAUCUUAAAGAUUACUAAUUUUGUAUGUGUCAGAUCAACCAAUGUAUAAUUUGUUGUAUCACAAAUGGAACGUGUUUUUGAUAUUGAACAUCUACAAUGUCGUACAAAAAUAUUCAAACAUUAAAAUAAACACACAGAGAGGUUAAUUUAUGCAUAUACUUUUAAACUUGUGUAUAUCAUACCUUUAUGAUUUUACUUAAAGGAACCUGUUCACAAUAUGUAAAUUGACAAAAUUGAUAAAUUGUUUCAGCUUUGAAAUUUGUGUUGUAGUUAUGUUUUUUUGCGAGGAAACAAUAAUACUGAAUAUUUACGAUGCACUAUGUGUCCAUAAUAUGCAUCUUUUGACGAUUUAAAAACCUGAAAAUUAUAAAGCGUUACAAACGCGAAACGAUUGAAUAAUUACGAGAGUUCUGUUAUCGUAAUAUUUUUGGACACUACAUAGAUUGCGUUUAUAAAGUAAACAAUACCAUUACAUACCUAUCAGAUUGGAUGGCCGAGUAGUUUAAGCGUUAGACCUUUACUCAAAAAGUCAGUGGUUCGAGUCCAGCUUUGGAUAACUGUUUUCUCCCUCUCUUUUUUAUUCUUUUAUACUGCAGCUUUUUAGUUCCGAUGUUUACAUUAAUCAAUCUAAAGCUCAUAAAGACAACGUUAAAAAACAAACCAUAAUCUGUGAACAAUUCCCUUUCAGCGUAGUUAUGUACCGUCGAGGCAAAUGUACACAAAACAAACAGAAACCAAUCUAGAUGGCAAUUCUUCAUUCCUACAGCAUUAAUUAAAUUUAGUUGUGAUUAAACAGUAUAUUGUUUGUAUCAUACAGUAAGAACGUGUCUGUUGCAUCUUCAAUAUUAAUAUUGCAUCUUUCUGCAAUUCUAUUAGUAUACUUUACUGACCUUUUAAAACGGUUAUUGUGUUACUUUGUAAUACAAUGCGUUACAUUUUCAUUUCAUUCUUUCGAUGGAUAACCCAAUUUGUCCGUGUAAAUAAUAAUUCAUAUCAAUAUAUUUACAUAUGUUUCAGUUUAUGUUUUGUUACAAUGUUCAAGCAAUAUAUUACAAUUCAUUAUUUUACACAAUACCUUAUGGCAAUCUUUAUCCAUAAUUAAAGCAGUAAGCCAUUAUUUGAAGGUUUACAUAUUGUAUGUCGCUUUUUUACGUUUGCUUUCGUUUGUAUUAUAGUUUUGUUGUUUUAAAAUAACAUAUCGUAUUUCACCUGUUAAUUGCUUUAUAAAUAUUUUCAAUGCAUAAUAUAUGGACCGUACAUGAUAACAUGUAUAUAAUUCAAAUGUUUAACUAUAUUGCGCAUGUUGAAAGUUGCACAAUAUCAAUCAUAUUUUAAUGUAAGUACACGUUAAUUGUUAUAAUAAAUAUCAUAAUAUCAUGUAUAUGUUCAUUGGUAAUUGGGAAACGUAGUCUUCCUCAUUCGUAUAAAGGUUGUUGAAUAUAAUCAUUGUAAAAGGUUAUGCGACACAAACAACUAAAAUAUAUAUUAAUUUAAGUUCACGCUAAAAUAGAAAAAUAUCCACUUAAAUAUUUAAGAUUUUUAUCGAUGCGACUUAUUGGGUUGAAAAAGGCAACACAUAGAUCUAAUACUGGUUUAUUUUUUGUUAAGGAUAUAUGUUUGUGUGCAGAAAGAUAAUUUAGUGUUAUUCAAUCUGUUGUUACAUAUUUAUAUCAAUUAAUUUGCAAAAAUGCAUUCACAAAUAAUCCCAAACAACAAGCAAUGACAUAAUUCUAGAUCUGCGUCUCCAAAUUUUAACAUUAAAUGUUAUUGACUUAAAAUACAACAGCGGAAUCCAUAUUCAAAAUGUUGUUAUCCUCUUUGAGAUGUUAUUAUCGUAUGAUGCAGAAUCUUUCUGGGGUUUACACACGGUCUGGACAGAAUGUAACCACACCGUUAGGAACUUUAUUUUUUAAAUAUCCCAAGUUAUUAAAAUACAUUUGCAAACAAUUUUUGUGCAUAAAAGACAGAUUUUCUUGGAGUGUGUGCCGAUAUCUUAAGGUAUAAGAAUAAAUCCUCGUAUACGUUU